CAAUGCCAAUGCAUUCUUGAGACCAGACGUUAUAUCUGCUGUCCACGCGCCACACUGCUCACAUAAAAAGCUGCCCAUUGUCUUUAACAGCCGCUGUUUGACUCUGCAGACAACCAUUCACAGUUGAAGUGAGGAGCCCAACAGACCCGGAGCCAUGAAUCCCAAAGGGGAUAAGCCGAAGUCGAAGAUUUCGGCUUCGCGCAAACUCUCCCUCAAGAUGCUUCUCCUCACAAGAGCCUGUGAGGAUUUGGAGAGGGAGACGCAGGAGAGGGAGGAAGAGAAAGUGCGCUAUCUCGGAGAGAAGUUGCCCCCUUUGCAACUGUCUGGAUUAUCACUGGACGAGCUACAAAAAAUAUGCAAACAACUUCAUUCAAAAAUUGAUGUUGUGGAUGAGGAGAGAUACGACUGUGAAUACAAAGUCAGCAAACACAACAAAGAUAUCCAUGAGCUAAAGCUGAAGGUGCAGGACCUUGGAGGCAAGUUCAAAAAGCCUGCACUGAGGAAGGUGAGGGUGUCUGCAGAUGAGAUGAUGAGAGCUCUCCUGGGCUCCAAACACAAGGGCUCCAUGGAUCUCAGAGCCAACCUCAAGUCUGUGAAGAAGGAGGAUGUCAAACAGGACAAGGUGCUCACUUCCGAAGUGGGUGAUUGGCGUAAGAACGUGGAGGCCAUGUCAGGCAUGGAGGGCCGCAAGAAGAUGUUCGACACAGGCGGCGGAGGACAGUGAGGUGUGCUGCAAAUCACGAAGCUGGUCAACUAAAAGCAGGGAAGAGGAGGUGUAGACAGAAACAUGGAAUACUUAUCUGAAUAUGAAUGACUUGAAAGCUGUAGAAGUUAAGCAUUAGGUGAUAAGCAUGUGUAACCCCACAUCAGCAGUGCCUCCAUUUGCUUGUUAGCCAUUUUCUGUGCAAUGACUCAAAGCACUUAAAGAUAAGACCCAUUGUUUUUUUUUUUUUAAUUAUUACCAAAGAACAUUUGUUUUGUUAUGACAUAUUAAGUCAAUUAAAGUGGAUAUUAAUAAACAGACACUGCUUCAGUCUUUGA